UGGUCCCUGUCUGGAGAGCUGCUGCUGCUCACGGUCAUGGCCUAUGACCGCUACGUGGCCAUCUGCCACCCGCUGCACUACAGCACCAUCAUGAGCCCUUGGCUGUGCCUGGCCCUGGCCGCCGCCGUCUGGACCAUCUGUGCCGUCAACGCUUCGGUGCACACCGGGCUGAUGGCGCGGCUGAGCUUCUGCGGCCCCAACGUCAUCACUCACUUCUUCUGUGAGAUCCCCCCGCUUCUGCUGCUCUCCUGCAGCCCCACCCUCAUCAACAGCAUCAUGACGGUCCUGGCAGAUGCCUUCUACGGGGUCAUCAACUUCCUGCUCACGCUGGGGUCCUAUGGCUGCAUCAUCGCCAGCAUCCUGCGCAUCCGCUCGGCCGAGGGCAAGCGGCGAGCCUUCUCCACCUGCUCCUCCCACCUGCUGGUGGUCACCUUCUACUACUCGGCUGUGUUCUGUGCCUACAUCAGCCCGGCCUCCAACUAUAGUCCCGAGAGAAACAAAGUCUCCGGAGCACUGUACACGGUGCUGAGCCCCACCCUGAACCCCAUCAUCUACUCUCUGAGGAACGCUGAGGUCAAGCAGGCCCUGAGGAGGCUGCUUCCUGUCUGCAGACGCUAAGGCCACGAGGACGCCCUUCUUGCAGUCGGGUCCACGCCUGGGUCUCAGCAAGACUGGCUUCUAGUAUGAGGCUGGCCAGUCUCUGUCAUUCAGCUGGGUGUGACUGCUGGGCAUGGUAUCUGAGGACACCUGGACACCGUGUUAGUGUCCAUGGGCUAUGCAGCCCUAGGCAGGUAGGGUUCUUGCACCCUGGAGCGGAGUCAUCACCCUUGCUGGCCCCUGAGUCAGCGUACAGGCCUCUCUCCUCCUAGCUCGCUAGUGCCAGGACCUCCCUGUACUCCCAGCCCCAGCUGAAUCCCUGCUGGCUGGUGCACCCCACUGCCCACACCCUAGCUUGGGAAUGCUGUUUCCCCUUUCUGAAGCUCGCGCUGGGGCGUGGCCAUCUGGUCCGUGGUCCUUGGUUUCUUUGUGAGGAAGCCAGCGGGCCUUCGCUGAUUUCAUUUCAGCCCCUGGAGGGAGGGUUUGGGUCUCUGUUACUGCUUGGUGUUGUUCUCUUCAAAUAAAAACAGCUA